CUUGUGGAUCUUCAAGGACGUUUGUUCAUUGGUUAACGUUGAAACUAGGGAAAGAAAUUAAUCGAAAGAUCGUGGUCAAUUGUCAACAUGUACACCGGGUUGCGGAAGCCUUUUUCAAAUUGUUCUGUAAGUGCUUUAAAAGCUGUUAUACGAAAGUAUACAAGUACCGCGCUGUGUGAAACAGAUAAUGUAAUUUAUCCACCUAUAAUGGAUUUAUCCCGCAAAGCCUCGAUUAAAAGGAAACAUGAAGAAUGGUACGAGAAAAUUAAAAAGCUUAAUACUGUAGAGGAGAAGUUGUUUGGAAUUAACAUGCCACGUUACUAUGGAUGGAAAUCGUUAAUGUUAGAAGAAGGAAAGGUUCCGUACAAUUCGUUGCAUCAUGCUCAGUACAUUACACAUACUCAUGUUGUAAACAAUGGUAAACUACCUGAGUUUUAUGAUACAGUAAUUAGUACAGAACAAAUGGAUGCUUUAAUAGAGACUGUUAAACGUCAUAUAGAAAAUGUAAUUACAUUUGAAUAUUGUAGUAGCUUAAGGGAGCAUAAAGUAGCAGAUCAAUUGGAGGAGGAAAGGAAAAAGAUAUUAGAGGAUGAGAUUACAAAAGCACUUGUGUACCAAAUCAAUAGGAUUAUAUUGGCUACUCUGUCUUCAAAUACACCACAUUUAUUUGAAGCUGAAAUAGAUUUUGAACCAAGAGUAGAAGCAUUUUGGUUUGUAGGUGGUAUAGAACGUCCAACUUUAUCUAGCAAAGCAACAGAAAAUCCAGACUGUACGAAAGAACAUGCAAGCGAGCCAAUUAAUAUGCCUGUUCAAUAUUACGGUUCACCAAUUUUGCAACUAAGACAUCUACUUCCCUUGAAGGAGAUUCUUUCGCUAACAGAAUCUUCCAAUCCAGACUUAAGUAUUCCUGAAUUCAAAUUUGAUCCUAGAGUACUAGGCUAUCGCUUGUCACAUAAACACGCAACUUGCAUACCUGGUUUUUGGCCUGGUGAUCCUGCCGAGUUUGGUUUACUGUCUUACCAUAAUUUAAACGAGGUAUAUUCUGAUACCAGAAACGUGGAUGACGAUGCAAUUACGGUACAAGCUAUUUAUGCAUCUUACGGCUGGUUGUUGUCACAGGCUUGCUAUCAGGGCUUUUCUAUGGGAAACGAUCUAACAUAUCCAUUAGUAUCACAAACAGUUUUAACAAAUGGUAAAUUUUGGUCAUUCUGUGCUUAUCAGUUAAACACCAUAAUGUUACAUUUAGACUAUCCGGAUGAAAAUUGCAAACGUAAUAUGUGUUGGAUAACAGAACCCAUGAAAUUAUUCGAUACCGUAGAAAAUGGAGAAAUUCAAGGGUUUAACGAAGAUGUCUUACGAAAAUUAAUCAGAUUUUAUAUGAAUAUACCUGUAGAAAGGACUAAUGUAAAUAUGAAGCCGUAUUUAGGUGAAUCCGUAAAGCACGUUGCAGAUAUUGCAGACCCUGAACGAAGAUCGUGGUUAGAAACACGGUUUAAACAUAUUACGAGUAACAGACCGAGACAUUUCAAACAGCCUCAGAUAUACCAUUGGCAGAAAAUUUAUAUGAUCGACAACGAUACUCGUCCUCUGGAUAAGAAACGCGACCCGUGGCAGUUUGGUUAUAAUGCCUCGAAACGAAGAAUGGACGAUCAUUUACCGAUUUAUGUACCAAAAUACUUGCGAGAAAAUCCGAAGAAAAAGAAAUCAGGCCGUUGGGCGAAAACAUACUAUCCAGAUGCAUAGAGUACUGAAUUUAUGUAUUUGAAAAAUAUAAAUAUCACGAAUGAUAGUAAAGAUGGCAAU